GUGAAAGACACGACUGUAGCUGGCGCACCGGCAAAUGUCACUUGUGAGGCAGUGACACUUGUAACACCGAUGGCUCCUGGCAAGACAACCACACUGGAGACAUACAGCGUCUUGUUGAGCCAGUUGACUCCAAAGCCAAAGGAGAUUGGGCAGGCAGAUGUUCAAAGAGUCCUGUUCAGUGCCAACCGCCACAUUGUCUCACCGCAGAAAAUGCUCAAAUUCGCUGCCUGCAUGCAGGUCAAGCUGCCCAGCAAGGACACCGAAUCGUACACCGGAGCAGGGCCGGUGUCGAAAUCUGGAGCGACCGUCACAUAUGGCCCAGACAGUGAUGUGCAGCCCUUCAGUGGCGGGGCGCUGUCGGUCCACUUUGAGAACAACGCCCCCUUCGCGGAGGCGAUGUCGCUCGUGAGGGAGAUUGAGGUGUCGCACUGGGGCAAUGUGUAUGUAGAGGAGUACUACAACAUCAAGCACACCGGUGCUGUGUUGAAGGGAGAGUGGUCGCGUCUCAAGUACAUGCAGGACGCGAGGCGGAACGGCGCUUCCUCCAUCAAGGAGUUCACCGCUGUGCUGCCGCGCUCGGCGCACUCCCUGUACUUCAGGGACGAGAUCGGCAAUGUCUCCACGUCGUCCGUCAAGCGCCAGCGUGAGAAGUUGGAAGUCCGUCUCCAGCCUCGCUUUGUGCUGUUUGGCGGCUGGCAGGUGCAAUUUGUGUUUGGGUACAGUCUGAAGCUGCAGACGGUGGUCAGCAGCAUAAAGGGCGGCCUCCGGAAACUGUCCAUCCCAUUCUCCACACCGAUCCUAAAUCUCCCCAUCAAGGAUCUCACUGUGAAGGUGGUUCUCCCAGAGGGGUCUUCUCACUUGGAGGCGGAAUUCCCCUUUGCAGUGGAGCAGUCCAUGGAGAAGAAGUACUCCUACCUGGACACACACGGCCGCCCCGUGCUGGUGCUCACAAAGCAGAACGUGGUGCCAGACCACAACAUGCCCCUGGAGGUCACCUACAAUUUCACCGGCCUGGCCAUGCUGCAGGAGCCUCUGCUGCUCGUGGGCACAUUCUUCGCCUUCUUCCUUGCACUCAUCGUGUACGCGCGCUUUGACUUCCGGCUCUCUCCCACAAAGAGCGUCUGAGAAGUCUCUGAGACGUGCGCUGCAUAAUGCAAUGGCGCAGCGCGUGACUGUCAGUGCACGGAGAAGUCUGCAGGGCUCUUGUGUGAUGAAAGGGAUAGCUGGCCUGCCGCUUGUCCAGUUGUGUGUCUGGGUUUUGCUGAAAUUGUAAUAGGAUACUGAAUGAUAU